ACUGGGGAUAUGGAUGGUCCUGCUACCCUGUACACCGCAGUACAGGGCUGUAACAAGAUUAUCUAUUGUGCUACUGCACGCUCUACUAUCAAGGAAGACCUCUGCAGGGUUGAUCAAAGAGGGGUCUACAAUCUUACUAUAGCAUUUCAGGACUAUAACAACAAAAUGGUGCAAUUACGAGCAGGAAAGAGUUGCAAGAGCAAACUUACAAUUGUAAAGUUCAAGACUCCGGAGUCAGUGGAUGGAUGGGAAGUUCGUCAGGGGACUUACUUUCAGGAUGUGGUUGCUUCUAUGUAUGAUGGAGGAAUGGAUGCCGAGUUCGAAUUCACUUUCACCAGAGAUGCUGUUUUCUCCACUAAGAGAAGGACUGAAGUGGGGUUUUGAGGUUCUAAAUGGAAA